AUGGGCGACUUUUCAACUUCGGGAGAUGGAGGCAUCAUCACGGCCAGGCUCGACGAUGUUGCACCGGCGGACUACUCUCAUUCUUUGGCUUCCGGCAACUUUUUUGCCAUGUCUUCCAGGGGCUUCAAGAUCCCCCUCUCUAUGCACUGGGUUGCCGUCUAUGCUUUUGCCCUGGUCUCUCUCUUCGGCGUUUACCUCCUUUCCUUCAGCGACAUCGGCUACUUCCGCGACGACCACACAGCCGUUGAAGGGACCCCGAAUGUUCCCGCCGCGCAACCUCCCCCAGCAACGGCGCCCUUGAACCCAGCCCUAAACUCUCCAAACGCCCCAUCGACAUCGACGACACCAGCCAGCGAUACCAACAAAGGCGCGGGGGAUCAUGUGGAGACCCUGGACCCCCCCCAGCCCGGCCAAAUGAUUUUCGCAAUCAACACCGACAUCAAAGAAGACCUCGACUAUCUCAACAACGAGCUCCUCUCCUUUCCCUUAUUACCGCAAGUUUCAGGCCAACGAGCACCGGUUACCUGGGCCAGUGUGGUUGGCCCGUCGACGAGCGCGACACCAUCUAUGUCACAGAUUGACGGACAACGUACGUGGUCUUCAUCGAGGAUGAUACGAUUAGCCAGUGUCGUCCAGCCCCUCGUCGAUAACCCUUCCUACUUCGCCGUCUCGGCCAAUGUGGUCAACAACCCCGCACUCUCAUGGGUGCACUACCAUUUAGGCGUUUUCGAGCCCUACUGGCCGGAAAUGAAGAAGCCUUGGACCCCUUCAUCGGAGUCCUCCUGGCGCGCUUCGGAGCUCCCUUCGUACAAGGGUCCCGCUGACGGCCCCGACGGCUUCAAGAUCGACGGCUCGACCCCGGCUCCUUUUCCCGGUCACCGAUGGCUCCCAGUUCGCCACAAGAAUAAGGACGAAUAUGAAGACCCGACAAAAUUCCCCGCUUCGACACUCACAUAUGACGCUCACGGCCCAUCGCUGGACAACUGGGCUACCGCCGCCCAACUCCAUUAUUCCUUCUUCCAACAUCUCGAAAACAACGAAACUUCGCUUUACAAGUUUGGGAUCUGGGAUUAUCACUACGCCCGCAUCAGCAUCAACUUCAUCGCUUUGCGGGGAGGUGACAUCAUGGAUGCGUAUCCGUUCCCUCAUUCGGAUGAUGAGAAGUUCUUGACGGUGGAACACUCCAGGAAGCUUGGCAAGCACGUCGUCGUGGCGGGUGACGGUCUUGCCGUGCAUUAUGCGUUCCGCCCACAGCGGAGGGCGCACGACGGACACGGCAUCACGGAUACCGACAUACUGAGGCGAUACACGGCAUAUGCCAAGGAGCUGGUUUGCCCUUUCCCAAAGAGGGAGGUGAAGGCUCCGCCGCUGCUGAGGACAGAACAAAACAGAAGGAGGAAAGGGCCAGGGAGGAGCAGGUGA